GCUGGGGUUGUCGAAGGAGAAGAAGGAUUGGGAUCUUUGAUUUGGGAAUUUUUGUGAAUUUUGUGAAUUUUUUUUUAAAAUGGAUUGCGAUCUUUGAUUUGGGGAAGAGGGCUGUUUGAUUUUGUCGAAGAAUUGGGCCUGCGGUUGAAGAUUUGAGCUGCAGUAAUUUUUUCUUGUUGAUAAUCGAACGUUGUGGAAUACUCCACCGAUCCAACGAAUCGCACACCAAACCAAAUGAUGCACCGUUGGUCAACGAUUCAACUGUCGGUCAACAAGUUCUGCGGGUGCGUUGCUCAGAUUGAAGGAAGACAAAGAUCUGGUACGGGAAUUAUUGACCAGACUGCAGAAGUAAAAGAAUUAUAUCAAUCCCUUUAUGGUAAGCCAUUCGUGUUUGACCAUUGUUGGGUUGAGUUGCGUCAUCACCAAAAGUGGAGCCAACAAAUGGAAAAUUACAAUAAGAUUCGAUCACAGCCGAGAAGAACCACGAACUCUGAUUCCUCACCAAACAAUUCCAUGCCAGCGACCCCCAUCGAGUUGAACAUUGACUCGGAUGAUGUUAUAGCAAGGCCUGAAGGGAGGAAAGCGGCAAAACUCAAGAGGAAACAAAAUGUGGACAAAUCUGAUUCCGCUAAGUCCAUUAUGGGAGAGGCUUUCGCGUGGAUGAAGCAAACCAACAAAGAAAAAAUGGAGCUAAAACAGAAGAAACAAGAUGACGAUAUCAUGAAGAUCGAUCUCUCAACACUCAAUUCAGUUCAACGUCAAUACUUUGAAAUGCGUCAGGCAGAGAUUUUGGAGAGGUGGAUGUCCAAGGGUUCUUCCUAAUUAUCAUAUAUUGUACUCGCAUCGCAUCCUCAUUAGUUCUUCCUAAUUAUCAAUUAGUAUCUUAUAUUAGAUUUAUGAUUGUACUUGAAGUUGAAAAUUUUGGCAUUGAAUGAAAACAACUACUUUAUUAAAAAUGAAAUUGGCGUAGUACAACAACUUGAACUCCUUUUCUGAAAUUACAUUAGACAUAAAGAAACUUAAUCCUCGGCGAUGGAUCCCUUAAGCUGCCACAGAUGCUCGAUCAAAUCAUUUUUUAGUGAUUUGUGUGUUUGCGUGUUCCUGAUCCGAUGAUGAUUUUGGAUGAACUCAGUUAGAGGCACCGUCUGCACAUGAGAAGGUUCAACGACUGGUACCGAAUCAGUAAAGUCGAAGUUGUUGUCCAAUUGACAAUCACGUUCAUCUUCAACGAUCAUGUUAUGCAUUAUGAUACAAGCUGUCAUGAUAUCUUUCAGCACACAAGGUUGCCAGAAACGUCCUGGUCCACGAACAAUCGCAAAUCGAGCUUGCAACACGCCAAAAGCUCGCUCAACAUCUUUUCUUGCGCUUUCUUGUUGUUGAGCAAAGUACUUAUGCUUGUUUCCUCGAGGUGCUGGAAUAGUCUUCACUAAUGUGGACCACUCUGGGUAAAUCCCGU